UGGACUUACUGUAUGUGCUUGUACCACUGGGAAAAGCCAUUGUGACGGACGGAUUGGUUCGGAGCCUCAGGUGAAGAAGGGAGUAGAGUCGUCCAACGGUGAGCAGGCUGAGAGAGAGCGAGGAAGAGGGGGAGGGCGGGCGGGCGGGCGGGCGGGCGUGUGUGUGUGUAAAGAGAGAGAGAGACUGAGUGUGCGAGCUCCAAAGACUAUGUAGAGAGGGAGGGAGGGAAGUGUAAGCCAGUCACAGCAUCUCUCCUUCUUACUGCACCAGGGCUGAGGGACUCUUGGUCCCAUUGUUUUGCUUGCUGCAGAAUUAGCACACUUCCAUUUGUGUAGUCAUCUUUUUUUUGUCAUUUAUUUUUAUAUACUGCAUUUAGGAUCAUUUUUUGUCUUUGUGCCUGCUACACGGGAUUUAUAGAUGACCAAAAUGGCUUAUCAUGCUCCGGAAUUACAUUUCGCAGAGGACAGUGGUUAAAACUGGGACUCCUUUUGUUUUGGUUUUUUUUUAAUGCUACUGUAACGGAUUUCCCUUUUGUUGCGCAGCAAGUUUUUUUUCUUUCUUUCUUUCUAUGGGCGUCAGACAUACAGAGAGAAGAGUUAAAGGCGAAGCUCGACAGGACCCCCAUCCCUCUACAAAAGAAUGAAUGCUUUAAAAGACAAGUUGCAAAAUCUAUGGACAAAAUGGAAGAAAAUGGGCUGAACCCUCCAUUUCACAUGCUUCUGAAUCCCAAGACAAGAAUGCAAGAGAGGUGAAAAAAGUGCUUGUCGGAUUGUGCCGGCGGAUUGCUGAGGAGUCAAAGUGAGUGGAGCGCUGAGUUAUUCAGCUGGCCUCUCAUAGCUCCUAGAGAGUCCUUCCUUCCUUUCUUUCUUUCUUUCACCUGCCUGCACGGGAGUCUGAUAUUUCAUGCCUUCAUCGGACUCUACCACCAUUUCAUGCACCUGUUGUCUUCAAAAUACACAACUUUGAGAGGACAUUUUCUACUCUUGGUGUUAUGCACAAAAUAUUUUUUUUGUGUGUGAAAAGACGUUGUACAGUGGAUUUUUUUCUUCUUUUCUGCACACGGAUGCCUUGCUACGCUCAACAACAGUGUGUACGCUGAGAGAAUUGUGACAUUAUCUUGUGUGGAUAUCCCGGUGUUUUUUUUAGCCCGUGUCUGUGUUUUGACUCUCACAAUGGUUAGGCACACAUGAGCUCCAGACAAUGCCGAGGACCACCAAAAUAAGGGAAGCUUGCAAACACAGCAACCCCAUAAAACAGUCAAACUGUGAUGCCACUUCCACUUUUUUUUAGGAAAUGGGUGCCAAAUUAGCCAAUAUUUUUAUGGGUCAUACCUUUUUUUUUCCUGGGAAUCUGCCCAACAUUUUGAAUACACUGAGCUCUUGGUAAGGUUCCUUUACUCGCAACCUCUUUCAUCUGUGUCUUUGUGAAAACAGCUUAUGUCCUCAGCCUUUUGGUGUUAGCUCUUUCAAAAUGGGCGAUAAAGGCCACACGCUGGCAAGCAAAGCAGCGUGAACCUCACCUUUACGACAGAUGCUCACUUCAGCUAUAAUUCGACGCGGCUUUUUUCUCCCCCCCCUCUCGCAACCUCCCUUUUUCAUAAACCAUGUGGAAAAGAAGGGCCUCGUCCUAUCCCCGCCAAAGCCCGAGCCAUUUUUCUCCCGUCACUUUUCCCUUGAUUGAGACUCAUCAAUGUGAAAGUCAGGUGAAAGCCAGCAAGGGUAGCGCAUUAAGCUCUAUUAAGUAAAGGUGGCUACAGGGACCUGGAACAGUGGGAGGGGAGUAGGCAAUUUGCACUUUUAUGCCGUUGCCUUGUGGAAAUUGCACCCUAAAGCUGUCUCCCGGUGAUACACCCAGAACAAUGAAUCUGUCUGACAUGACGACCGAUCCCAUGCUCGCACCAAACAGCAGCCGUGGAGACGUCUUUUCUGGCUUGUCUUCAAACCACUCCUGUCCCUUGGGCUGGGCCUUCAAGAAAGGUCUAGAGGCUUGCAUCCUGGAGACGGCCGUUGUGGUACUCCUGACCGUUCUCAUCAUUGUCGGGAACUUGACGGUGAUCUUCGUAUUCCACUGCGCCCCGCUGCUCCAUCACUACAACACCAGCUAUUUUAUCCAGACCAUGGCCUACGCCGAUCUACUGGUUGGUCUCAGCUGCCUGGUGCCCACUUUGUCUUUGCUCCACUACCCUGCAAGUGGCCAGGAGCCCAUCACCUGUCAGGUCUUCAGCUACGUCAUCUCAGUUCUCAAAAGUGUUUCCAUGGCUUGUUUGGCCUGUAUCAGUGUGGACCGCUAUCUGGCGAUAACACAACCGCUAUCUUAUAACCAACUGGUGACGCCGUGUCGACUGAGGGCCUGCAUCACCAUCAUCUGGGUUUACUCCAGCUUGGUCUUCUUGCCUUCUUUCUUCGGUUGGGGCAAGCCGGGCUACCACGGGGACAUUUUUGAGUGGUGUGCCCAGUCUUGGCCCACCUCAGCCCUCUUUACAGGCUUUGUGGUGUGCUUGCUGUACGCACCUGCCACUCUUGUGGUGUGUUUCACCUACUACCACAUAUUUCGCAUUUGCCAGCAGCACAACAGGGACAUCAGUGAACGCCGGGCACGUUUUCCAACCCAAGACAUGGAUACGGUGGAUGGAGACAAGGAUGAGCAUCAAGGAGGGCAUGGACCGGAUCGGCGCUACGCCAUGGUGCUCUUCCGCAUCACCAGCGUGUUCUAUAUGCUCUGGCUCCCCUACAUCAUCUACUUUGUGUUGGAAAGCUCCCAUGUCCUGGACAGCCCAGCGUUUUCCUUCAUUACCACUUGGCUAGCAAUUAGCAACAGUUUUUGCAACUGUGUCAUCUACAGCUUGUCCAACAGCGUGUUCCGCUUGGGCAUGCGUCGGCUCUCGCAGACCAUUUGCUCCUUCAGUCACUGUGCUGCUGACGAUAGAGACUUUGGGAAGCCUAAACCACGAAAAAGGGCAAACUCUUGCUCCAUCUGACAAAGUGACUUUUGAAAGGAUUAGGAGACUCAUUGACUACAUACACUGAAUUGAAAUGUUAAAAAAAACAAGAAAAUAAUUUAUGUUGAUACUUUUUGGCGUUGUAGCUCUUUUGAACUUGAAUUCAAUUGAUUCAACAUUGAGCCUGUACAUGUCACUGUUAGGUUUCUCUGUCAAUUUCAAUAUUUAUAAUUGAGCGAGAUCAUUUUUCAGGUCUACUCACAAACUUGUUUGGAGGUUGUUCAUUGGUAUUGAUUUGUUGACAACCAUCAUGCUGUUUUAGGUUUUUAAAAAUUGUCACGGCAAAUGUUUGAAACAUAUCUACUUCAUUUAGUGAUGUUGACAUUUACAGUCAAGUAUAGCUGAAAUUUGCUUUUUUUUUUUAGCUUUGUGGGGGG